UACCAUCAUGUCUGCAAGUACCACCACACUGAGGUACCCUGGAUACAUGAACAAUGAUCUGAUUGGGCUGAUUGCCUCCCUCAUUCCCACUCCAAGACUGCACUUUCUUAUGACAGGCUACACUCCACUUACCACUGAUCAGUCGGUCCCAAGUGUGCGGAAAACUACAGUUCUGGAUGUCAUGCGAAGGUUGUUGCAGCCAAAGAACGUGAUGGUGUCUACUGGCAGGGACAGACAAACUAACCAUUGUUAUAUUGCAAUUCUAAAUAUUAUUCAGGGAGAGGUGGACCCUACUCAGGUACACAAGAGUCUACAAAGAAUAAGGGAGCGGAAGUUGGCCAACUUCAUUCCAUGGGGCCCAGCCAGUAUACAGGUGGCGCUAUCACGCAAAUCUCCUUACUUGCCUUCAGCCCAUCGUGUAAGUGGUCUCAUGAUGGCUAACCACACCAGCAUCUCCUCACUGUUUGAGAGAACCAGCAGACAGUAUGACAAGCUUAGAAAGCGAGAAGCUUUCUUGGAACAGUUUCGCAAAGAGGACAUGUUUAAGGAAAACUUUGAUGAGCUGGAUACUUCUCGAGAGAUUGUGCAGCAAUUGAUUGAUGAGUAUCAUGCUGCUACCCGUCCAGACUAUAUCUCCUGGGGCACCCAGGAGCAGUAAAAUAUAACUUUAAUAGGCAACAUUACAGAGUUAUUCUGAUUUGAUAAAUAACAUCUAUAUGUAUCUCUGUCUGCUAUUUGUGUUCAGAUUUCCUUUGUGUGAAGAAUUGAAUAUCACCAAACAAGGCAAAUGUACAACAUGCCCUCGAUCAGGCCAGCACUGGUCUCAUGUGUGUAACACAGAUGUCCCAUACUAUCACCAGACACGUUGAAAGAAAAAUUGUGUGAAACUUGGUAAUUUUGACAUUAUUUGGAUAGCUGUACCUGUGUAACUGAAUCUCAGUUAGUUUAGUAAUUCACUGUUGCACACUUCUCUGCAGGUUUGAUUGCAGCAUUGGUGAGAGCAACAUAUUGCAUAAAUGUGGAGUCAGCUUUGUGUAUAUAUCACUCUGAAAAGACCUGCAUAGAUGCUUCUGUUAAGAAAAUCUGCCCUAUUUCAUCAUAAGCUUUUUUUAAAAAAAAACAUAUGACAAAAGUUUGCAACUUUCUUUUAAUAAAUUUUGGCGUGACUGUGCAUUUCAAGCAGUGUCAGUUGAGACUAUUAUUGAUCUCACUUUCCCACUGAUUUACUGGAUAUACAGUUCAUACUACUGAAUAUAUUGACUUACUUAAAUUGUGAAGUAUAAUGUUUGUUUGCCAAGUGCAUUAUGUACCUGGUCUCAGCUCCCUUCAGAACAUUUGAGACAAGAUGAACUGGUCAUAUUUGCUUCCCAUCGAUGGAGAAAUGCAGGUACAGUCAGCUUGGCCCAAAUGUUUGAACACUUGCCCUGGGGGUCACCAGGGUUGUUGAUACACUUGAGCAGUGAGACAUCAGUAAAGCAUACUGCUCAUUUAUUGAAGCAACCAUUGGUUUAUCAAAAGGUUACAGAAACCUAGAUCUUAAACUCAACUGUAUAAGUGUUAAUUGGCAUGCGUUUUGAUUUUACUUGUGGUUUCUUUAGUCUCCACGAAGUCACAAAAUCUUAUCUGUAUGAGUGAUCCCUUCAGCAAAGAUGCUGUUAAAAAUGUUCGAAUCUGUUUCAGUUAUGCUAAGCUUUGCUUAUUGAGUGUGUGGGAAUCUCUUAGGAGAAGUCUGUACAUAAUGGAGUAGUGUAUUAUUAAGCAACUCAAUGUGAUGCAUUCUAAUAAACAUUUUCUACAUAUCCACAA